CGAGGCAGCGCUGGUAGGUGAAAGCUAAAAAGUGGGAGAGCGUUGUAUCCGGUUCAGAAGAGUGAGUUAAAACGAUAAACGCUACAAUUGCUGACAGCGAACGGAGAGGAGAUAAAAAAAAAUUGGUUUUUGGUUGAAGCACUGAUGUGCAGACGACAGGUGAAGAAGUUCUUACUUCGAGGUAAAAGGAGCUGGUUUUAAGACAAUCACAAGCUUGUGCAUUCGUAGACUUUGUGAAUUACAACUGGGGGAAACAAAGAUCGAUUUCAAUGAAAUAUUCAUAUUUGACAGAUGAACUUAUGGAUGACGAUCGCAAGUAGAUGAAAGCAUCGAUGACGAAGUCAAGGACAGCACAAGAAAGGCAACAGAAAUUGAUAUUGAAUCUCAGCUGUGCGGAAAAGACAGUUCGGUAUUCAUAAGAACCAUGUUUGUCACUGAUUUAGCUUAGAUUGGGUAGCGGUUACCAUCACACGGUCUUCGUAUGCGGCAUAUUUUGCCGAGGAUAUUGCAAUUGCGCGCCACUUUUGAUAGCGUUGUCAAUGUGAUUGAUAUUUCAUGAAGGAUUUAGACUUUCAACACUGUACUGGGGCUACUCUACAUUGAGGAAAAGAAAGGUCAUGUUUUUCUGUCGACUUUUUGACCCUUGCAUUUAGUUAAUUAACUAUUGCGGCAACGUUUAUAUUGCUAUGUUGAACGGACAAUUAUGAAAGCGGUAUGGUUAAAGCGGACAAUAGAUUAAAUUCAACCAAACUUGCAGUACUUCAACAGCCAAUGGACACGUAUGAAUGUAAAACUUCCGCCGGCUACUAGAACUUCACUGUGAGAUUCGUGAGAAUUCGUGAGAAAUAUCGUUUUCUGAUACGAAUUCAUUACCUCGUUCAUUCCUUAGUCAACUUGGGUAGCUUCUUGUUCGAUGGUGGUGUUAUCAUUCUAAGUUGGACUUUCGCUUGAUACAAUAAUAUAUUAAUAGGCGAUCAAAUGCCGAGGCAGCAAAGAAAAAACAACCACGAGUUUGAUUGUUGAGUAUCUUUAAUGCAUUUCAGCACUGUUGUAUAAGUGCAGUGGUCGUUAUUUUAAGCGUUAGUCAGCUCACACUUGCAGUGACUUUCUGAACAAUUUUGAUGUGCAUUUAGUUUGGAUUCAAAUAUUAAAAUCAAGAUGAGUUUCCCACCCAUUGAGCUUAGUUUAGCGACCGACAAUCUUUCGAAUGGCGAAGUCCAGUGCACGGAGGUGCUCAAUAUAACCAACGAAGACGACGCAGAGUCAUACGGCUACAGUCGGGGAGAGACGUUCUAUGUAACUGCAUUUCUCCCACUCGUCCUGACGUUGGGUGUUCUUGAUAACUCGGCUUUUAUCUAUGUCGUGUUCCGCGUCCCUCGAAUGCAGACGUCGAUCAACUGUUACCUUCUUAACUUAGCAGUAGCGGAUAUCGUCUUUCUGCUUGCGGGUAUCGGGGAGAAAAUCUGGCGGUUUCGUGGCUCCCCGAUCCAUGGUGAUGACAACCCGCUGGGACAAGGAGGUUGCGUGUGGGUUUAUCUCGUAAUGGAUACUGCAUACUUCGCAUCACUUUGUUUCGUAAGUUUGGUAUCAAUAGAUCGAUACUGCGCCGUCUGCAGACCACGUCAGCGAUACGUGCAGUGUAAGCCAAAGACUACUAUGCUGACAGUUGGGUCAUGGCUUACAUCGAUGUGCCUUUCCUCAGCACUUAUCCCAUCGAAUACGAAUUUAACGCAAGUAUGUUUGGUGUAUUCUGACAGUGGUUUCUUUAUGGAUUGGCCAACACGAUGGGGCAUAUGCACUCCGACACAGCCAUGGAUGAAGGCGUACGCAAACGGAAUGCAGACCAUUCCGUUUUUCUCCACGCUCUUUGUCAACGUCACCAUGUUCGUAUUGAUUGUUCGAGGUCUAAAUCAAUCUAUAGAGCGCUUGCAGUCACACUCCGAGGGCGAGGCAGAGGUCGAUACACAUAUGCGUGAUCGAAUAGCACGCAUGCUCGUCAUCAAUGGCGUCGCAUUCUUCGUGUGUCUCGCACCUUUUGAAAUCAUCUCUUUUUCGGAUAUGGUAUCGAGUGUCCGGGGAGAAGCGUAUCAACUGUCUAGCGAUGCUCAGGCUGGACUCCUGUACUUCAGUCGUUCUCUAGCUUAUAUCAAUUGUGUGAUCAACCCCAUUAUUUACACAGUAAUGAGCCAUCGAUACAGACUCGCCUUCAAGCAGGCCUUUCACCUUGGCGUAGCUGCCGGUCCGGUAUGCACUUCUACAGCCACCAAAUUCGUUGGAAGUACAACCAACGAAUACCUUCGGGUAUCACUCGAUACCAGAGUCUAGCUUUAAGUGAAUAACCAUACCGGAUUUGCCACAUAAUCGCUCGAGGUUUCUUGUAUAUGUCACUCAAAUAGUCAACGCCAAAGAAAAUUAAAUACAUAUACGCGUGCUCACAAUCAACGAUGAUGCCCGGGAAAUUUUGAACGCUUCAGUUAUACCAAGCGCCACUUUAAAGGAACGUUUUUAUUUUGUGAACGCCUUGAACCAGACUAUUACAUCACGAAAAGUGAGGAUUUGCCCGUUAUUUUCGUUCAUGAUUGCUUGAAACUGACGAAAAUAAUGCGAACAAAUAUUGCAUGGACGUCAUUAUACAUAUAUAUAUUUCUUUAUCAAAAUCAACACAAUGAACAAACAACCGUCCCGAAAUGCUGGACAUUUUCACGGUGUAUUUAACUUUGCUACAUAAAGAACGCAUGAUUCUGUGAAAUGUAUUGAAUUAAGGUUUAGCUGCAACAUGAAGUAACAAAAUAUGUUAUUGUUCUUAUUAAGAAGUGCUCAUGUGACAAAAUGCGUGACGUCGUUCUAUCUUGGUGUUAAUUUUUGUUUUUAAUACUCGAAAUGACACCUACGUAAAAUAUCCUCUUGUUAUCCCAACAUAAUCGACCCGUUUUCAUCUCGAAUAUAAUAAGUUUGCGUGCAAAGCGGUCAUGAUUAGUAUCAAUUUAGUAAGAAUAGUGUUCAUGUAAUCCUGCAAUGUUUAAUAAUUUUUUGUGCAGGUAAUCAUGUAGCCUGGAUUGUGUAAGUGUGAAGAAAGUAAUGACAUUAUUUGUAACGGUAUAGUACGCUAAAACUGAACGUAAUAUCUUCUUUUUGUUGGAUUAAGAGCGCACUUAUAGUCCAAAAUUUCACCUUAUUUCGUGGGAAAUAUUAUGAAAGGGACGAAUUACCGAUAUUCUCCGUAACAUGCGAACGAGAUUUAUUCGGACGUCUCGCUCGCUUUUCGAGUUCCAUUUAAAAUGGAUAUAACUACAAUCUGUUUCAACGGAACUUGAUAUAGGCCUAAUCGAAAUUUACAUAAUUCCAAACCCAACCAUCAUCCCACCUUAAUCACCAAUACUGUAUCUGUAAACAUAACAUUGGGUGUUCACCCUGUUAAAAUGGUGCAUCUCAUUUGUUCAGACAAUUUAAUCAUAUUUUGUAGAAAACGAGUAAAUUUUACAAAAUUAGCCCGCAAUUUUGAACUAGAGAAAUUUAGACGAUUAACCUAAAUCUCUCAUAAAUUAUAAUCACAUUUAUUAUCAAUGUUAUCAACGAGGAGAAUGCUUUAACAACUCAGUUUUCUUUAUUUUCGUGGGAUUGAUCUUACUAUUUAAAUAUAUGGCAAGAUGAGAAGUAAUUUGGAUAUGGAAUAUCCCCUAAUGGUUCCAAUGUGUAAUAUCCUAGUCAAGAUACAUGUCGACAAAAGUGUAACGUUUAUCUCUUCAUUAUAUUUAACUUGAGAUAACUGGCUACAAAUGGGAUCGUUGAACGGAAAUGACAAAAUAUUGCCAUCAUACCAUUAAAAUAAUGACAGUAUUUAAAGAGGUAAUUUGGAUAUGGAAUAUCCCCUAAUUGUUCCAAUGUGUGAUAUCCCAGUUAAGAUACAUGUCAAAAAAGUGCAACGUUUAUCUCUUCAUUAUAUUUAACUUGAGAUAACUGGCUACAAAUGGGAUUGUUGAACGGAAAUGAAAAACUAUUGUCAUUAUGCCAUUAAAUGACAGUAUUUAAAGAGAAAAAUAUAAUAUACUCGGUAUUUAUACAUAUAUACUUACUAUAACAACAAAAUGAAAUGUAGCGUGGAAAUCGUAAGUUUCAUUAUAUGAUUGACUAUAUAUAUUCGGGUUUUUCAUUCAUUUUUUUUAAUUUUAUUUUUUUCAAGAUGGAAUUAAA